AUGUUUUCUAUUAAUGAUUAUUAUAGUAGAAAGAAAACAUCAUUAACGAAUGAACAAUGGCAUGAAGAAUUGGCCUUGGAAAUCUUUAAUAAAAAUCCAACUCAUGAUCAACGUUUAUUAGAAUUAGUCAGGAAAUGGGAAAUUGAAGCUUUUGAAAAAGCUACUUCUAAAGAAACUCAACUUCUUCAGCAACAAAAACCUGUUCAGAUUCAAUCACAACCUGUUCUUCCAACUGUUGAACAACAAGUUGCUCAAGUAUUUAAAAAUCAACAAAUUCUACAAAAAGCUUAUCAAACACGACCAGAUUCUUUGACUCCACAACAAAUGGUUUAUUAUCAGCAAUUAUUAAGACUUCAACAAAAUCCUUUGCUGCAACAGAUUCUUAUACAAAGACCACCUACUACUGUUGUUCAUUCUCAAUUAGGACAUCUAUCACCGCAACAAAAUGUUUCACCUCAACUUCUUCACCAAUCUCCUAAUUCUAAACCAACAUCAAAUCAGCAGCAACAGCAACUUAAUAAGCCUGUUGCCUCUAAAAUUAAUCUUUCACCAGAGGAAUAUAUUAAAUUAGAUGCAUCAAAUAAACAAAGGGAAGAUGCUCAGAAAGUAGAUGAUGAUACGAUUGCAAGUAAUGGUGGUGAUGUUGAUAAUGGUGGUGGUCUUGGCAUCAAUGAAAUGAUAAAAAGAAUGACAAAAACUAAUCAACAAGCUUAUCUUGUAAAAGAACAAACACCAAAAACAUUUGAUAAUAAUGAUUUAAGUUCUAACUCCAAACAAAUUGAGAAUAUUAAAUCUGCAAAUAUGGUUCACCCACAAUCUCUAGUUCAUCCUAACAAUAUUAAUAUCAAUACUACACAACCAGCAUUAUUAUUUUCUCCUAAAGCAACAAAUAAUUCUAUAACUCAACAACAAUUAAAUCAAAUUGCCAAAGGUCAACUAAUCCAACCACAAUCACAGCCACAACAACUGAUACAAAAACAAGUACCUAACCCUGUACAUUCUCCAAAUAAUAUUAAUAAUAACAACAACCAAAAUACUAUGAACUCUACAAAUACAACUGCCAAUAAUAAUACUUUUGCUCAUAAUCUUAUAAACCAACAAAACAAUAAUAAUCCUGCGUCAUAUAUCAGAACAAUCUUAAAUCCUCAAUUAAAUCCUGAUUCAAAUAUAAAUCCUGCUCCCAACUUACCAAUGCGCAUACAAAGACAGAAUAUUAAACCAGAAGAAGCUGUUGUUGCUAUUGAAGAAAUUAGACGGCUUGAUGCUAAAGCUUGUGAAAAAAAAAUACCAUACCGUGAACUUUCCGAUCUUAGUGAUGACGAGAAAGCAAAAAUUCGUGAAAAAUUGGAAUUAUUAAAACCAAUGUACAAUGAAAUUGACAAAAUACUUCCUUACUUUUACCAUUAUACUAAAUCUCAAGUUGGUACACACAGACUUAUCAUAAUGAAACACAUGAUUCGUGACCAAUUAAAAGAAUUACCUGGUAGAUAUUUUCUUUCAUUGAAAUCUGUAGAAGAUUUGUUAGUGCAUGUUAACAAAUACUUUGUGUUUGUCGAAAAUAGAAGAAAAGGCAUCAAGGAAGAAUUAAAUUUCACUGCUACAAAUAACUCGACGCCCACCAAUGUUCCAAGCCAAACCAUGCCAUCUAUUACACAGAAAGCCAUUUCACUAACUCUUCCAACUCCAAAGCAUUCUUCUGAUGCUAAUAACAAGAAACACAAACUUGAUAAUGAACAAAAAGAAGGUAAAUCUUUUGAUUCAUAUGAAAAUUUAAAUAAAAAAAGAAUGCUGGAGAGUCAUGUUACUGAUAGGAAUGAAGUCAAAUAUAAUGACUCUGAAAAUACCAACACCAACAACAAUAAUAAUAUUGACUCUGGUCAUGAUAACGCGCCUGAAGAUUAUGAUAAGGAGGCAUCGUUUGAAGAUAUCCAUGAAUCACUAAAAGAUAUGAUGAAUACACUUAAAGGUAUUAUGGAUACUGAAAAAGCAGCUGAGGAAAGCGAAGAUAGUCUUCUUCCUUGUAGUACAUGUGUGGAAAUUAGUCCUGACCUCUUAUCUAAUGAUAAUUACUUUCAAAGAAUUAAUGGUGAUAAUUAUUUAACUUCUGAUGAAUCAAGCAUUGAAGACAUAUUUAAACAGUUCAAUGUACCUUUAUCCAAUGUAAUAUAUAAUGAACAAGAUGAUAGUGUUUCACCAGCAACUGCUACCAAAUCAUCAUCAAUUAGUAAUGAUAAUAGUAGUAUUACUUCAAAGGCCAUGUUAAACUUGUAG